GGGGACUCCGGGUUAGUGAAGUCUUUUCGCACCUGCGCUACCAAAUUCCCAGCAAAAGAGAAACGCCACCCACGACGUCGGGGCGAUGAGGAGAUCUCGCUGCGCUUUGUUGGCCAAACCUGUGGCGCUUCUAGCUGUUACAUUCGCUACUACCAUCUUCGUGGCGCAGUGGCUCUCUCAGUUUCAGUCCAGUAAACCACUGCACUCGGCUCCUCGCCGGCCCGCCUCCGCCGGCCGGAGAUUCGUUCUUUGGCUUCAUGGCCUGGGAGACAGCGGCUCCGCCAAUGAGCCCCUCGAGGACGUAUUCACCUCUCCCGAGCUUAGAAGCGCCGCUUGGUCUUUCCCUUCCGCUCCUGCCAGCCCCGUCACCUGCUACGGUGGUUCUGUGAUGCCAUCAUGGUUUGAUAUUCUUGAAUUGCCAAUCACAGUUGAUUCGCGGAAUGAUGAAGAUAGUGUCCUCAAAGCAGUUUGGAAUGUGCAUGCAAUGAUAGACAAGGAGGUGGCUGCUGGCACAAAUCCAGAUAAUAUAUUCGUGUCUGGGUUUAGUCAAGGAGGAGCUUUGACCUUGGCAAGUGUUUUGUUAUACCCGAAAACCCUAGGAGGAGGUGCAGUUUUUGCUGGAUGGAUUCCUUUUAAUUCAUCAGUAAUAGAAAGAAUACCGCCAGAUGCAAAAAGGACACCUAUCUUGUGGUCUCAUGGUACAUCUGAUAGAACGGUAUUUUUUGAAGCCGGCCAGGCAGGCCUAGCUUCACUCAAAAGAGCUGGUCUAAGCUGCGAGUUUAAGGCAUAUCAAGGUCUUGGCCAUGAAUUGAACAAACAAGAGCUGAGCUACAUGGAAUCGUGGAUUAAGGCUCGUCUGCAGGGCUCUUCCUAAAGCUCCGAAUGCCAUCGACUUCUCGUAUGCUUCCUUAGCUUUGACCUCUCCUCCGAGCGGUUGUUGCAGCUCUCUAAAAUCUUUGUAUAUGGCUAAUUACUUGAUUGUAUGAGGCAUUGCUGUGAGUGUCUGUGCUCCCCCUUCCACGAUCAAGGGUGGCUGCCCCUCCCCAAAGAGUCUGCACGCCAGCCUUGUCCCAGAUUUGUAUUAUCAAUACAGCUUUUUAUCAUUAAGAUUAGUUAAAUUUGGGUUUUCUAA